AUGAGCCAGGAAACUUCUCCUCUGCCAACUGAUGUCACUGAUAAGCGUCGUGCUGAUCUUGUGAUUCCAUACCGAGCACGUAAACCUCUUAAGAAUGAAGUUUCUUCUGCUAUGAGCAGCAGUAUGCCCAUUGCUGCCAUGUUUCUGCGAAAUAAGAUCCUCGCUUGGGCUUCUCUUUUCACCACAAUUCAGGGAUACCUUAACGAACCUGCCCAGCUUGCAAGCGAUAGCCAACCUGCAUGGCUUUCCGUGUUAUUGGCUGCUGUCGGUAUCGUAACUUGCUACAUGGAUAUUAUCAUGCCCCCGCGCGGACCUACAAUGGCCAACGCUGCGCGUGAGGCUGCAGCCGCUGUUACCGAAUCAAUCACCACUUCGAUUGUUGCUGCUCCCACUGCUUAA